GACACUCGACUAUUGACAUUUUGUCUUCACGAAUCGCGUCGUUUGUAUCUACUCGUGGUCGUUAUCGUUGUUGUUUUUUUGGAUUUGAAUCCCAAAUCAGAGAUCAGUCUACUGGUGUAUACGUACUUAGUAGUUCUCAGAGGAAACGAAUCUUGCUGCGUAAGCUACUUUAAAAGUUUAGUUAAAAUGUCAGGUGUGGAAUCGCAAGACAAUGCUAAUGCUGAUACAGAACAAAGGACAAACGGAGGAAACGAUGACAGAGAUGCUUGGGGAAGUCAUGAGUCUUCAUCAGUGCACCGUUAUGCCAGAAUGCCUGUGGAUCGAAACGCACCAUUUUACAAAAUGAAUCAUAAACAUCGUGGUAUGGCAAUCAUCUUUAAUCAUGAACAUUUUGAUAUCCAUAGCCUGAAGUCUCGCACUGGAACAAACGUCGACAGCGAUAAUCUUUCCAGAGUGCUAAAAGGAUUGGGGUUCCGUGUUACGGUAUUAAACAAUCUUAAAUCUGAAGACGUAAAUAGAUACCUACAGCAAACAGCAGAAAUGGAUCAUACCGAUAAUGAUUGCUUGCUUAUUACAGUGUUGACUCACGGAGAGUUAGGCAUGCUUUAUGCUAAAGAUACUCACUAUAAACCUGAUCACUUGUGGUAUUAUUUCACAGCAGAUAAAUGUCCAACAUUAGCAGGAAAACCAAAAUUAUUUUUCAUUCAAGCUUGCCAAGGGGAUAAGUUGGAUGGAGGAAUAACACUCUCCAGUAGAUCUGAAACAGAUGGAUUGGCAAGUGCCUCAUACAGAAUCCCUAUUCAUGCUGAUUUCUUGAUUGUGUUUUCAACCGUUCCUGGAUAUUAUUCAUGGAGGAAUACAACUCGUGGUUCUUGGUUUAUGCAAGCACUUUGUGAAGAGUUACGCUAUUCAGGAACUGAGAGGGACAUUCUCACUCUCUUGACAUUUGUUUGUCAGAAAGUGGCAUUGGAUUUUGAAUCUAAUACACCAGAUAUGUUAACAAUGCACCAACAAAAGCAAGUACCAUGCAUAACUAGCAUGCUCACACGCUUACUUGUUUUUGGAAAGAAAUAAGAAAAUUGAUUCUACUUUUAUUGUUAUUAGGUAAUACCUAUUUUUUAUUUGUAUUUUUUUUACGUUUCCUUUAUUUUUAAUAAUGUUGUGAAAAUUAGAUUUGUCUAAUCUAAAAUGCUUUAAAGUGCAGUCUCAACUAUUUAGUUUUUAUAUUUUUAUAAAACCAGUUUUAAUAAUAAUAAUAAAUAAGGAUAGGCAAUAUAAAACUGAUUAAAAACGAUUUUUAACACUAUAGAAAAGCAAUGAUGUAAUUUUUAAACACAUUAUUUUAGAUCUUAUUAAUUGUAAGUAAAUAAAUCUUUAUGCUCAAAUAUUGUAGACAAAAUUAAACGCACAAGCUUACUCUAUUGUUAGGCUUCAAUUUUUUCUAAUGUUUAAUGUACUUAAGAAACACCUUUGAAGUGAUAUAACAUCGAAGUCUCACCGUAGAUCUACAUAUCAUUAAAAUUUUCGUCAUCAUAUUGUAUUGAAAAAAUAUAUAACUAGGUUGAAAGGUGAAUAUUAUGUACUGCAUAAGUCCAGACAUUUGAUAUUUAUACUAAGAUAGCAUUUACUCAUAAUAAAUAUACGUAAAAGACCUGUUACUGCCAUAAAUGUUACUGUAACUUGCCUCAUUCCUUAUAACAAUGUGCUUUGUUAUGAUAAAAUUCCUCUAUUAAGCCUUGUUAUGAAAAUAUUUAAUUCUAGAGUUGUGUAUACUAUCCAAACUUGAAAUUGUCAAGGUGUGAUGUGAUAAUGACUGAUGUAGUUUUGGCUAUUAAUAAUAAAUGUAAGCCAUGUAGAUGUGUGUGCCUUGGCAACACCUAGAAGAAUAUAAAAAUUGCAAGUGUAUUGCGGAUGAAUUUCAGAUUUGGUGAUAUAACAAAAUGAAGUAUUUUGUUACCUAUCUUAAGUAUUUUUGUAUAACUUAAGUAAUAAAUUCUCUUUUCAAA